AUGGCGGAUUUCGACUUCGGGAACCUCUCCGACACCGACGAUUCCGCCGUCGAUGAGCUCAUCUCCCAGACCCAGGACCUCUGCGUCCUCGAACAAGUCUCCAAAAUCAACUGCUCCGGAAUCAGCGAUUCGCUUCUCCCCUCCGAUUUGGAAACCCGCUUCCGCAAGCUCAAAUCUUUCCCUGCUUCCUCAACCAGACCCGCCGCCGCCACCGGUGCCGUCCCCAAAUACCUCUCCAAUUCAAAGAGCGAGCUUCAUCGUCGAAGCGGAAAAGGGUUUGACGAGGGAGUUGAGAGCCCUUCCGACGAGGGAAGAGUGAACCCAAGCGAUGGGAAAGUGCCAAAAAUUGCUGCUGCUGCGGCAAAGGCUUCUUCUCCCCUGAAUUCCUCGAGUUCUUCGGCGGAUGAAGAGGGUUUCUCGGAGAAUCCAGUUCCGGUGAAGGAUUCCAGGAAGCAAUUCAAACGUGGGUCUGUUUCCUCUCCUUCUGAUUCUUCCAAUUCCUGCAUUGGAGAUGUUAUUUACUCUCAAUCUGAAGAAAAGGGGAAUAGGAUGAUGAGGAAGAGCUCCAAUUCGAACUCAAAAUUGAAGUCGAAGCCGUUCAUUGGUUCUCCUUUGGGAUUGUCCAAUUGUUCCCGGGAUUCGCCUUCUCCUCCACGUAAACCAGGAUGUUUUUGGUGCUCUCCCAAGAAACCCACCAGGAAGAAGAAGCAGGAGAAGAUACUUAGGAAGGCCAUGAAAGAAGAAGAGAGAAUCAACAAGGAGGCAGAGAAAAUUGUGAAGUGGGCAAAACAAGCAGCGGCGAGGAUGAGCUACCAUCACAGGACUGAAGAGGAUGAUGAUGGUCUAGGUGAUGAUGAUGAUGAUGUGACUUCAAAAUAG